AUGAGCAUAAUCGAUUGCCUGACGCGCUUGGUGAUAUUCAGCUUCAAGCUCGGCAAUGGCGGCAAUGCUAAUAGUAAUUUCCAUGGUACACAGAUCCCACUGCACCAGCAUCCAAAGAUCAACAGGCUAUACGGAACAGGAGAACCUCUGAGCUAUGAGCUCGAUGAAAAUGCGCCUGAUAAUCCUUGGCUCCUAUUCCACCCAGAUGCCUUCAAUUUGAAUGUUGCCCCAUGGCGCCGCUUCAGCGAUGAGCGAGCCGAAACUUCACGCGCGGAGACAACUACCAUGAAGGACUACUAUGAAGAGCCAUACGAGUUUGGUGUCCUGAAGGCACAGUGUAUCACGGCUCGCAAACUGAAUGAUGUGGAAUUUCGAGUCGCAACUCAGCACAUCAGGUACUCGGGCGCGCUCAACCGUUCUCGGACUGGAAACACAAUUCCAGACAAUCUCAGGAUCACAGCGGAUGAUCUUUGGCGUGAUCAAGCCAUUGUUCGCUACUUACCUGAAUUCAUGGUCUGGCUCGGUCACCCCCAGGCCUCAUGGAGCGCUGUCACAAUUUCCAAUGCGCAGAGGACUCUGUAUAAGAACAAGAACAUGAUUCGGAGUGGCAAGAUGUUUUUUGGCCGGGCAGAGAAAGUCCGUUUGCGCCAGGGAGGAGACGACAGGAUCCAACACGACGUCGAUCAGACCUGGAAGAGGUCCAUCUCUCGGCCAGCCAUGGCUUGGCAGAGCCCCUACGACAGUCCCUACCCAAAUGCGGGCCCCAAUAGCCCUAUGAAUGGCUUCAAGGAGCAAAGUCUAGAUGAAGAUGCCUUUGGCCCAGCACCUGGCAACAUCGUCAGCGCAUUUGACGCCUUCCCUCGUCCUCUCGCAGCCAAAUCAAAACCACAAUAUGUAACGCGGACCGCGGGAGGUGGAAAAUGGACCGUCGCAAUGAUCUUCGUCACCCUCAUCCUCGUCUGGUCCGAGCUUUCGCGGUGGUGGCGCGGCACCGAACAUCACACAUUCGCCGUCGCCAAGGGCGUGGGCCACGAAAUGCAGAUCAACCUGGACGUGGUCGUGCGCAUGAAGUGCUCUGACCUGCACAUCAACGUCCAGGACGCCGCCGGCGACCGCAUCCUCGCCGGCUCUAAGUUCAAGCGCGACCCUACCUCUUGGUCACAGUGGGUCGACAAGAAGGGCAACCACAAGCUGAACAGGGACAAGAACGGCAAGAUUGUCACGGGCGAGGGCCACGAGGAGGGCUUCGGCGAGGAGCACGUCCACGACAUCGUGCGCUUGGGCGGAAAGCGGGCCAAGUGGUCAAAGACGCCCAGGCUUCGCGGGCCCAGCGACAGUUGCCGCAUCUUUGGAAGCCUGGAUCUGAAUAGGGUCCAGGGUGAUUUCCACAUCACUGCCAGAGGUCAUGGGUACAUGGAGUUCGGGGAACACCUGGAUCACAACUCUUUCAACUUCUCACAUAUUGUCAACGAGCUCUCCUUCGGAAGCUUCUACCCAUCGCUCGAGAACCCCCUGGACCGCACCGUCAAUGUCGCUACGAGCAACUUCCACAAGUUCCAGUACUUCGUGUCCAUCGUGCCGACCGUCUACAGCGUCGGACCGGCAAGCACAUACAACGACAAGACGUUAUUCACGAACCAGUAUGCUGUCACCGAGCAGAGCGCAGAGGUCAACGAGCGCGUGAUCCCGGGAGUCUUUGUCAAGUACGAUAUCGAGCCAAUGCUCCUGCAAAUCGAGGAGUCCAGAGACAGCAUCCUGGUCUUUCUCGUCAAGGUCAUCAACAUUCUGAGCGGUGCGCUCGUCGCUGGCCACUGGGGUUUCACGCUUUCGGAGUGGGCAAAGGAGGCAUGGGGGAAGAGACGCAGGACAAACACCGGCAUGAUCGGUGUUAGCGAGAAGGCCGGCUACCGCGACUAA